AAUAUUCAUUUCCAGAUUUGUGUCACUACUUAUAGUGGUUGAAGUUUCAGUUGAUCAUACGGUCGUGCUAAUGAGUUGUCUGAAAAUUUUAGGUCAACUAUCGUUCUCUGAUAAAAAAAAUUAAAAGCCUGCAAAACAUGUUGCAACAUAGACAUAAACUAUGUUUGAGAAAUUCUAAAGAAUUCAAUCUAUCGUCUGUCACCGUAAUAAUCAACAGGACACUUUGUAGGAAACUGACCCACCACUAAGUUCAAUAAUUCAGAAUCAUUUAAUUUGCUAUAAAAAAACUCUCUGUGUUGUUGGUUGUUGAAUUUGUCAUUUCCUCUUCUUCUUCUUAUUAAAACAGUGCUUGUAUUUCUUCUUAGACCCCUCUGCUCUCCACAUAUCUUUCUCUCUCUGUUUCUUUCUUCCUGUCUCUUUCAUUCCAUGGAAAGAGAACCACUUCUAGCCUCACAAGUUUUUCAAGAUGAAGAAAUCCAAUUCAUACCAUCCGAGAGAAGAAAUACUGGUCUAACAAGAUCAACAUCUGCUCCUGCUAAGCCUAUCAUGGGAGACUUCAGAAAUAUUGAUCAAACCCUGGCAGUAAAAAGUAAAUAUGAAUCAAAUUCUAUAGUUAGACGAGCGUUACUUUUACUGAUUAUUUAUCUACUUGUUGGUGUUGCUAUAUAUAUAUUCGAUAAGGAGAAUUUCUCUGGUAUUGAAACUCAUCCUGUUGUUGAUGCUAUUUAUUUCUCUAUUGUUACUUUGUGUACUGUUGGGUAUGGUGAUGUUGCUCCAUUAUCACCUGCCACAAAAGUUUUUACUUGUAUUUUUGUGUUGAUGGGUUUUGGGUUUAUAAAUAUAUCGUUAAGGGGGUUAGUAAAUUAUGCGUUAGAUUAUCAUGAAAAUUUAUUUGUGGCAAAUAGUCGAGUAAAUCUGGGUGGAAGGGGGAAUAGCAGCAAUGGUUUUUUGAGGAACUGCAUUUUCGACAUAAAAGAUGGAAGAUUGAGGACAAGAGUGAAGGUUGGAUUAGCACUUGGUGUUGUCAUAUUGUGUAUUGGGAUGGGUGCUACGGUUUUACAUUUUGUUGAGAAGUUUGAUGUGCUUGAUUCAAUUUAUCUAUCAGUUAUGUCUGUUACUACAGUUGGAUCCUAUGGUGGUAAAGCUUUUAACACAAUACAAGGGAGAUUAUUUGCUUCGUUAUGGCUUUUGGUGUCAACUCUCUCGGUUGCUCGAGUAUUUUUGUAUCUAGCAGAGAUAAGGGUUGAUAAAAGGCAUAGAAGAAUGGAAAAGUGGAUUUUGCAUAGACAAAUGACAGUUGACGAUUUGGUUGCAGCUGAUAUCAAUAACAAUGGUUUCAUCAGUAAAGCCGAAUUUGCUAUAUACAAACUCAAAGAGAUGGGACUGAUCAAGCAGAAAGAUAUAUUGCUAGUCUGCAACCAGUUUGACAAGAUUGACCGGAACAACUCCGGGAAGAUAACAAUAUCCGACUUACUACAAUGAUCUCAAGUAGAAAGUCAACUUCUGUACUUGUAUCAGACCUAAGGUUUAUCGUGUGUUGUCCAUCUUCAGUUCCAUUUUGUUUUCGCUUCUUUUGUUUUGUAAAUCAGAGGCUCAUUUCUCUGGAUUAUUAUCUGCUUUCUGAAAUGGUAUUAAUUCCAAACAUAAAACUUAUGUACCAGUUCAGACAAAAUGUCUUUUUCAA